AGACUCCCUCUUCCUUUCUCGUAUCUCCGUCUCUCAUUCGCUAUAUUUCCGUCUCCAUUUCUCUUCACAUCUCCGUCUCACUCGCUCUCUCCAAAUGGAAACCAACCAUCAUACCCCAACAACCAACCUCUCCGACGACCUCUGUCCCGCCACAUCACCCGCCAAAUCCGUGCCCCGAGAGCUGCCCGAACCCGAUAUCCACAUCCUGACCCGCGACGCUGUUCGCAUCCCGGCCCACUCUUCCGUUCUGGCGUCGGUGUCGCCGGUGCUGGAAAACAUAAUAGAUCGGCCACGUAAGCACCGCAGAUCCGAGAGAGUCAUCCCCAUCCUCGGCGUCCCAAGUGACGCCGUCGUCGCCUUCACCCGCUUCCUCUACUCCUCAAGAUGCACGGAGGAGCACAUGGAGAAGUACGCGAUCCAUCUGCUGGCGCUGUCCCACGUCUACUUGGUGCCUCAGCUGAAGCAGAGAUGCACGAAGGAGCUGGGUCAACGUUUGAGCGUUGACAAUGUCGUGGAUGUGCUCCAGUUGGCGAGGCUCUGCGACGCUGCGGAUCUCUACCUCAAGUGUAUGAAGCUGGUUGCUAAUCACUUCAAGGCUGUGGAGGCAACUGAAGGCUGGAAAUUUGUUCAAGACCAUGAUCCUUACCUCGAACUCGACAUUUUGCAGUUCAUCGAUGAAACUGAAUCGAGGAAGAAGAGGACAAGGAGGCAUAGGGAGGAACAGAGGUUGUAUCUCCAGCUAAGUGAGGCAAUGGAAUGCUUGGAGCACAUAUGUACUGAAGGGUGCACCAGUGUCGGGCCAUAUGACAUGGAGCCGGGUCAGAAGAGAGGGCCGUGCAGCAAGUUCGGCACAUGCCAAGGGCUUCAGCACCUGUUUCAGCACUUCGCCACUUGCAAGAGGAGAGUGAACGGUGGUUGCUUGCGUUGCAAGCGGAUGUGGCAGCUACUUAGGCUUCACUCGUCGAUGUGUGACCAAUCCGAUUCUUGCCGAGUUCCCCUUUGCAGGCAGUUCAAGUUAAAAUUGAUACAUGAGAAGAAGAGAGAUGAUGCAAGGUGGAAAUUGCUGGUGAGGAAGGUUGUAUCAGCCAAAGCCAUAUCUUCGCUGGCUCUGGCCAAGAGGAAGAGAGAUGAGGAUCAACUAGGCGAAACCAGAAGCCACUGCAGUGAUCAUGCAAUUAGAAGCUUCAGACUGUGUUCAAAUGAUUCAAAUUGCAUAUAGUAAGACCUCGCCGCAAGUUAGUGAUGAUGAUGAAAAAUGGAUUGCUACGAUAUCUUUGAUUUUUUUUUUUACCGCAAAUGUCAAUAUGUCUCUCUGGUCUCUUGUAUAUUGAGGUGGGAGUUUUGGUUAGUGUUGUCCCAAUAUGUUACACCCCCUUCUUUUCAAUGAACAUAACGGCUGGGAGGGAAAACAACCCCAGUUUGAGAGUGGGGUUGAACAUUGUUUUGUUACCAAGAUUGGGGCAGUUUUAUCAUGUCCAGUUUGGGUUCAUCUUCCUGAUAUGUAUAUUAGCAAUUUGUUGGCUGUUAUAAGGAUUGUAUUUAGUUUGGUGAA